UGCAACAUAUUCUGUGCGUCACGUGAUUGCGCAACGCCCGAGGAAGGGCGGCCGACAUGGACUGAGGUGCGGGCGAGCCGAGACAGCGGGCUUUUAUCGUCCUCUUCCAAACGCCGCAUGACAGACACGUGUGUGUGUGUCCGAUGGCAUCGAGAAUAGCGAGACGUUUAACGUGGAAGUCACGGUGUCCCUGUAGCGCCGAAGCUCCGCGGCCCCGCGGCGUGUCGGCCGUUGUCAGACGCCAGUGCAGCUCCAAGCAGGCUAUUACACAGGAGACAUUACCAAAGAGAUCUCCCUUCAGACCAGCGCCCAACUCCAUGCACGACUGGAUCGGACCGCCAAACCCUCUGUCAAACCUACGGCCAAUCAUAUAUCACAUCCAUGAGAAUGAAACGGAGUUGGAGAAGCGUCUGAGAAACCUGAGGCAGGAAACGGAGGACUGGAACCACGAUUUCUGGACCAAUCAGAAUAUAUCCUUCAGAAAGGAAAAGGAUGCUUUCAUCAUCUCACAACUGAAGAAGAAAGGACUGUCUGAGCGGGAUGAGCAAGGACGUAAACGAGCUCUGGACAGUGAAGAAAUGGCAGUGUUUUACAAGAGCUUUCUGGAUCAAAACAAGACAAGACAUGCAAACUACAACAAGGAAUGGUACAGACGCAACUUCACAAUCACCUUGCUCAUGGGCCAAGUCACCCUCCGCAAGGCAUGGAAGACCAUUACUGAAAGACACAGCGACAAGAAAAAGGGCACUUCUACCACUUGAUUGUAAAUAAAAAAGAAACAAGAUUC